CUGCUUUUGGCGGUCAACGGAUCAAACCAAGCCGCCUUGUUGUUUGAUUUUCUCACCAUAACUCUUUUUUACUUUAAUUUCUCCGCCGGAGGCUUUGGUCGGCGAUUUCUGGAUGAUAUUUGGUUUGGUUACAACGGCGUCAGUUUAAGGUUUUCUAGGGCUCGCGGAGAAUGGGAGGAAGCCGGAGUUACUCGGCAAAUCAUAGCGAUUACAGGCUCUUGGAAGAGGUUGGUUAUGGCGCCAGUGCUACUGUUUAUAGAGCGAUCUAUCUUCCUCUCAACGACGUCGUAGCUGUUAAGUGUUUGGAUCUCGAUCGCUGUAAUAGUAAUCUGGAUGACAUACGAAGGGAAGCUCAAACAAUGAGUUUGAUUGAUCACCCAAAUGUUAUUCGGGCAUAUUGUUCCUUUGUAGUUGACCGUAACCUUUGGGUAGUCAUGCCCUUCAUGUCAGAGGGUUCCUGUUUGCACCUCAUGAAGAUAGCUUAUCCUGACGGUUUCGAAGAGCCUGCUAUUGGUUCUAUUCUGAAAGAAACUCUUAAGGCUUUGGAUUAUCUUCAUCGACAAGGACACAUUCAUCGGGAUGUUAAGGCUGGAAACAUACUGCUUGAUAACAAUGGCACAAUAAAGCUCGCCGACUUUGGUGUUUCAGCUUGCAUGUUUGAUUCAGGAGAUAGACAGCGUUCUAGAAACACCUUUGUUGGGACUCCUUGUUGGAUGGCACCAGAGGUCUUGCAGCCUGGAAGUGGAUAUAACUCCAAGGCUGAUAUAUGGUCAUUUGGCAUAACGGCACUGGAGUUGGCUCAUGGUCAUGCACCUUUUUCGAAAUAUCCACCUAUGAAGGUUCUCCUGAUGACCAUACAAAAUGCUCCACCAGGACUAGAUUAUGAUCGUGAUAAAAAGUUCUCUAAAUCUUUUAAAGAAAUGGUUGCAAUGUGCCUGGUUAAAGAUCAAACAAAGAGGCCAACUGUAGAGAAGUUAUUAAAACACUCAUUUUUCAAGCAUGCAAAGUCUCCUGAGCUUUCUGUGAAGAAAUUAUUUGCUGAUCUACCACCACUUUGGAAUCGUGUGAAAGCCCUUCAGAUUAAAGAUGCUGCACAGCUAGCACUAAAGAAAAUGCCUUCAGCAGAACAAGAAGCUUUAUCACAGAGUGAGUACCAAAGGGGAGUUAGUGCGUGGAAUUUUGAUAUUGAAGAUUUGAAAGCACAAGCAUCUCUGGUGCGUGAUGAUGAUGAUAUUCAAGAGUGCAAAGAUGACGAAAGCAUGAAAACAAGCCUUAGUCAUAAGGGUGCAGCUUACUGUGAAUCUAGUUCAGGAAACCUGAAUUUAAAUAGGGAAGUAGCUCAGGUUGAAUUUGGAGGACCAAGGAAUGUUGACUUAUCGCAGUCUGAUUGCUUGGAUGGAACGGGAAAGAAUGUGGAAUGUAAUAUAGUUGAAGCUAGCUUCCAGGAGAAGGAUUUGAGGAAAAAUGGACCAAACACUGAUGUUAUGGCGUCAACUUCAGAAAAGGAUAUUGUUUUGACCAGCGCUAAAACAGCGAAACCUAGGCAAACCCAAAGCGGGCCACUUACACCGGGUGCUGUUCUUAAUCUUUCAUCUUCAGAUCGGGUUCGUAACUCUGAAAGGUUUGAAAAUGAAAAUUUACUGGCUCGUGAAAAAGUUUGCCAAGUUCGUAAAGCACCAAGCUUUAGUGGUCCAUUGAUGCUUCCUACUCGAGCAUCUGCAAACAGCUUGUCAGCUCCUAUUAAAUCAUCAGGAGGGUUUAGGGAUUCUUUGGAUGAAAAAUCAAAGGCUAAUCUGGUGCAAAUCAAAGGUCGUUUUUCAGUAACAUCAGAAAAUUUAGAUCUUGUAAAGGAUAUUCCUUUAACUACGGUUUCACGCCGAUCUUCACAGACUUCACCUCUCAGAAAGUCUGCUAGCGUAGGUGACUGGAAAUUUGAAUCCAAACAAGUGCCUACCAAUCAUCCCCCCAAGGAAACCAAUGGAAAUGUGCCUGUAUCAAUUGUUAUGACUCACCUUCAGAAUCUUUUUCAGCAGACUUCGCUUCAACAGGAUCUUAUCGUGAAUUUGUUGAACACCUUACAGUCCACUGAGGUUGUAGAUGCAGCCUCACAAAACGGAAAGUUGCCUCCUCUACCUCGUUCUGAUAGCAAUGGAAAUGCUGAAACAGCAGCUUCCGAGAGGGAGCGUUUACUGCUUGGCAAGAUCUCUGAGCUUCAAUCUAGAAUGUUGAAUUUGAGUGAUGAACUGACUGCUGAAAAGUUGAAACAUGAUCAAUUGCAGCAACAAUUAAGGCUCAUGUCCAGCGCGGAAGAGAACGGGAUUAGAAGGGAAGCGGAUGCGUGAAAUCCACGAUUUACCGGUAAAGUGAGCUCCCCAAUUCUAUAUAAUUGGUGCAAAAGAUGUAAAUCAUGUCAGUUCAGAUUAAAACUGCAGCGAUUCCACCAUUCGUUUGCCUAAUGGUUCCAUCGUAGACAUUAUCCGGAGAAUUUCCUUAGGGUCAAGUCGAUAUAUAUAUAUAUAUACACUCACUUCAUUAAUGAAUAAGCAAAUAUUAUGGAUAUAUGAAUAGGAUAUAUAUGGCUAGAAAAUCCUUUGUAUCACGAGAAUCUUGGUACAUAUUGGUUGUGACUUUUGUU